AUAUUGAGUAUAUUCAGUUGCAAACAUAAACUUUGAGUGGACGUUCAUCUUAGUUUGCUUUCAAUCAUGAAGUUGUCCGUGAAAACGUUGCCUUCUACCUUGGCAAUGAUAGGCUUGGCUGGGAUGACUGCCUUUUGGCAACCUAUCGAUGGGCUAAGUUGUUGGAAGACCCCUGGAUCUAGUUUCAUGAACAAAAUGGAUCCAUCAAGGCCCAUUGAGGGACGAGUAUGCUUAGACAGCGAAAAAUCAUGCCAGAGUGAGAUGUACAAUGUGGGAAGGCAUUGGUAUGUAAAAAUGGGCUGCUCUACCCAAGAGACGGCCGAAUGUUCUACGGAAGCCAGGGGAUCGGGAUCAGAAAUGAUUUCUUGCUAUUGUACUAAUGAUUACUGCAACUCAUCAUCACCCCUGAAAGCUCGAAUGACCUUUGCAUUCUUCGCCACGUCCUUCUUGUUCUUCGUCCAGACCACCUACCUUAAUUGAGGGCACUUAUUUUUUCUUGCUUACUUCUCCACUACUGAAUCUUUCAUGGAAUUAAGUCGACACGUACAUAUGAUCAAUGCACUCAGGAUAAAAAUAAAUGAGUAAAAACAGGCAA